UCCUCUCCCCGGCAGGAAGAUGGUGUCUGUCAGCAUGAAGUCCAGCGCUUUAUCUUUGUUAUUCCUCAACCUUUUCUCGGGCCUCGUGUCCUCCUUGUACUUCCACAUCGGGGAAACCGAGAAGAAAUGUUUCAUAGAAGAGAUCCCCGACGAGACCAUGAUCAUCGGUAACUACCGCACUCAGCUCUAUGACAAACAGAAAGAGGAGUACCUGCCUGCCACUCAGGGCCUGGGGAUGUUUGUGGAGGUGAAGGACCCCGACGAUAAGGUGAUCCUGUCUCGUCAGUACGGCUCAGAGGGACGCUUCACCUUUACCUCCCAUACUCCCGGAGAGCACCAGAUCUGCCUGCACUCCAACUCCUCCAAGUUCGCUCUCUUCGCUGGAGGCAUGCUGAGGGUGCAUCUGGACAUCCAGGUGGGGGAACACGCCAACAACUACGCAGAGAUCGCCGCUAAAGACAAACUCACAGAACUGCAGCUCCGAGUCCGGCAGCUGGUGGAGCAGGUCGACCAGAUCCAGAAGGAGCAGAACUACCAGAGGUACCGUGAGGAGCGCUUCCGUCAGACCAGCGAGAGCACCAACCAGAGAGUCCUGUGGUGGUCCAUAGUCCAGACCCUGAUCCUGGUCGCCAUCGGCAUCUGGCAAAUGAGGCACCUCAAGUCUUUCUUCGAGGCCAAGAAACUGGUCUAAAACCCGGGACUAGACCUACUCGCUCCCGAACCCCGGCUCCGGGCUGGUCCGAAACCAGCCCACACAAGUCCCCCCUUCAACUUUUUCGUUUCAAAGCAGAACUCGGUCGCGCUUUUGGUAUCUUUGCGUUUUUUUGAUACUUUUUUUUAAACCAGCUGCUCUCCCGUUAAAGGGCACGUGCUCGAUCUACUGUACAACCUCACCUUAAAUCAGCAGAUUGCAAAUUUGUUGACCUGGUUUACGUUUUUUUAUCUCGGUAAAAACUGGGCCUAUCCACACAAAACAAAAACUGUCCCAAAGUUCAACACGUUCUGUCAUGAAAAUUAUCCGUUAUUUACAAUAUUUUCAGAAAGUCCUGCCAUUAUUCCACACCAACGACGUGAUUUUUGUCAUUUGAAAGGAUUUUAAAGCAGAUUUCUUAUUUAAAUUUGACUUUCCAGAGUUUUUGACCAUGUUUUAGUCGUUUUCUUUUCAUCGUUUACUCACCCGAAGUUGUUUUUGGAGUGUUUCAUGCACGUUUGAAUCAUCUUUAAUCGCUUAUUUUUUGUCACUGCUCUGUAUUUACGUGAUUCUACAGUUUUAUUUUCUUAUUCGGCACAGGAUUCUGCAGCAUCGCGGUGUAAUUUUGGUACAAAAACAAAAACAAAUCAUGGUAAGGUUGAACGUUUGUGGAUAAGUUUGGAGAUUUCUUCCCAAAACAGUGAAUCUGAUAUCAUCAAAUUCAAGAACGUGAGCUUAAACUGGUGUCGAAUAAGGCUUAAUUAAACAAAAAUACAAGCACAAUUAAAGAUAAAACAUAGAAAUUUUGUAAAACAAAUACAUUUCAGUCAUAUUCAGGAGGUCGUGAAGAGAAAAUGGUGCAAAAAUGAGUUAAUAAUUGAGUAUAAGGUUGAGUAAAGUUGUUGUACAGUUGUUUGGAGCGUGGCAUGAAUGUCGUUUUGCGUCUCUCGCUUUCUUUCCGAGUUCUGCUUUAAAACGAAACGGUGCCGAGGAGAAGAAUCGCCAGGUUUUCGGGAUGUUAAAGCAGUACAAACACGCGGGGGACAGAGUGCACAAAAUGAACUGAAAAUCUGCACCUUCCUCGCUGAACUUCGUCCGAACAGCAGAUCCGCGAUGGGCUCCGUCUGCUGCAAAUGUUACUGGCCAAUGGAGUUUAUUUUUCAACUAUUUUAAUGUAUUAAAGUCGCACUGUGUAACUUUUCUGUAUGUCCCAGUGGAGAGGUUAUACAGGAGAGCUGCCUGGAAUGUUCCACAGUAUGACAUUACAGUAACGAAUCUUGUAUUUAUUUAAUUGUGGGUGUGUUUAAUGCUCAAAAACUUUCAUACGGCGAAAAUCGGAUAUUAAUCAAUACUAAAACUACCGUGUUUUUCGGACUAUAAGUCGCUCCAGAGUAUAAGGCGCACCAGCCAAAAACUACAUAAUGAAGAAGAAAAAAAAAAAGGAGUCGCAGAGCCACUCAAACCUUGAAAAAAAGUGCGACUUAUAGUCCGAAAAAUAGGUUAAUAUCGAAACUAGAUACACCACAACUACAACUCGAGAACUUAAGAUCUGGUUUGACCCCAUUAUCCAAGUUUAGACCUUCUGACUUUCUUGGACCAAUUGUAGUCCUGGUUUAGUGCUGGUUUAGUCCUGGUUUAGUGCUGGUUUAGUGCUGGUUUAGUGCUGGUUAAGCCUGUCUGUUUGGUCUGUAGUGCACACCCAGAUGGCCGAUGUCCAAAGGCUUUUUUUUAUUUUCAGGUUUCCAACAGUCAUGGAAAUCCUAGAAUCCUCUUUCAGACAACUACUGCUUUCUGUUAAGUUCUCAUGAGGCUAUUAUGAUUAUUUCUGAACGUCUGCGCUUUUUGUUUAAAAGAGACGACAAUAAAUGCACUGACAGGAUUUUGAAUGUUAAAAAACUAUAAUCCCAAACCAUAAAGUGAGUCGAAAGAGUUAACAUUUCAUAUUUAGCCCUAAAAGUCUGAUCAAUUCUACACAUGAAAAUUCACUUUAGGUCAUAAAAAAGUCAUGGAAAAGUUUUGAAAUUUUGUCAGUGAAAAAGAGUGGGAGCCCUGUUUUUUUAAAUAAUGUUUCAGCAAAAAAAGCCUUCGUCAGAUCAUUUUUCUUGCUUUGGACCACUGUAUGCAGCAAGAAAAAUAAUCUGAUGAAGACUUGUUUUGCUGAAACAUUAUUUAAAAAAUAAAAAGAAGCUUUUAGACAUUGGACGUUUGAGUGUUGCUAUGCAUUUUUUUGCUUUUAUUUUGCUGUUCCUUGUAUCAGGACAUCUUAUCCUCUACAAGAACUUUCUGAACUUUAGUGCUUUUUCUGUUUCAUAUUUUUAGUCUGUAGUAACAUGGGUUGGAUCUAGUUUGGAUCUGGUAUAGUCCUGUGUUGAUUUCAUGGUUUUGUCCUUCCCAAUUUAGUACUAGUCCCAGUUGAGUCUUUGAGUUUUUGUUGAAUCUUGUUCGAAUCUUGGUCGAAUUUCAGUUGAAUCCUGGUUGAAUCUCUUUCGAAUCUCGGUCGAAUCUAGGUUGAAUCCUGGUUUAAUACUGAUUGAAUCUCGCUUGAAUCUCUGGUCCAAUCCUGGUCCAAUCCUGGUCCAAUCCUGGUCCAAUCCUGGUCCAAUCCUGGUCCUAUCCUGGUCCUAUCCUGGUCCUAUCCUGGUCGAGUCCUAGAAUAACCUACUUGGACCACUGAGGGAUUACGCAAAUAUAAGACCACAUGGAAACAUAUGAGAACGUACUAUUUUAAUGUCAAAAAUCACUUGCUACAGCCUAAACGAAAAGUAUUGGUAUCGGUAUUAAGUAUCGAGUGUGUUCCUUGGUAUUGAAAUUUUAGUUUCACAACAACAUUAAUUAAAAGUUCAGAUUUUUACGGUCUUCAGAACGUGAAAACAGAAUUUGUGCUUCUCCGCUUUCAGAAACCAGAGCGCUGAUGUAUUUCUAACAGUAACUAGCAUGCCAACAGUGCAGCGGUGAACUUCCUGCUUCCUUUGUUUAUACUUUAAGAUUAGAUUCAUCGCUGUAUCCGAAUCAAUAUCAGUUUUGGGGUCGCUUUUCCACAGAUUUAACGUAAAAAGAUCUGUUUAUACUGCGGAACAUUCCAGACAACGCGAUGGCCUCUUCGCGUAACCGCCGCCAGAAAAGUUACGCAAUGCAGCUUUAACGAGUGAAUGCAGUUUUUACUUUUAAUGGAGGAGGAGCGUUUUUAUUUUAAGCAUAAGUUUAGGACCUGUCUAUAUGUACAUAGAUAUUUUCUGUCCACGAUUUCUACUUCAAAAUAGUAUUUCAAGUCCUGGUCCUCGUCCAACUCGUGUAAGGUUCAGUAUUACGUCGUUUUCUGAUCUGUGUUAUAAUGUUGUUUUCUGUUGUAAACAUGCCUGGAGUUGCAUAUUUAGGUUUUUUUCUCAAACUUUGUCCCAACUCGUGAUGUCAUGUGGCGAUACAGGAAGUGCUCCAGUGUGUUUUUAAACUCUAAACACCUUCAUUUCGCUGAUAUAAGCUCUGGAAUUGACCAUUUUUACCGAUCUAAAGGUCACAGAGAGAAAUCCUGCACACCAUCUUUAUUACGACAUACAACGUUUCGGCACUAGGCCUUUUUUCGUUUUAUUUUUGCCUGAUGAAAGCCCAGUGCCAAAACGUAUGUCCUAAUAAAUCUCACAUUUUACAAAUAAGACAGUGUGGGUGUGUGGGAUUUUUCUCGAUGUUCUUGGGCUGCUCCCUCUCCUCCAACUCACCCGUUUCAAGAAAUUGAUGUGCGAAGUUCUCAAUCCUUUUAGACUGAACUACCGUAACUUUCGGACCAUAAGUCGCACUUUUUGGGGGAAAUGUAUUUUAUAAAAUCAGAGACCAGGAACCGACAUUUCAUCUGUUCUAGUAAAAACAAUAGAAGAGAAAACGACAGACUGUUAACGUCACAUAUGAACAGUUCUUCAGAUAAACUAUAACAUAAACAACAGAACAGAACAAGUUUACCAAACUCUCCAUCUCACUUCAAAUCACUAAAUCCAUUCAAUUCUUCAUCCUCGGUGUCACUUCUGAGCAACUCCUCGACCUCCGGAGGUAAACAGAGCGUCGCUUCCUCUUCUGCGUCGCUGUCGUCAGACUAAGUAUCAGUUCCAGUUAGAAUUAUUCCGGUCUUUCUGAAUCCCGACAGGAUGGUUUCGGUGUCACUGAAGUUCAGGCUUUGUCCAUCCAUCCAGUGACUUCAGGAAAGUUUCAUGGUGCAUCCUCCUGGUUACUGUGAAGUUGUGUUCUUCAUCGUCGCUUUUCGCCCUCACAAGUUUCUCGCUCAGUCCAAACUUACUUUCUGCUUCUCGAUUACCGUUUUCGGCCAAAUAUUUCAAUACUUGCAGGAGGACAGAGACUCAUUCUGUAGGAGACAUGCGCAGAAAACUGAUACACAAGUCUACAGCGCCCUCUAGCGGCUGUCAGUCUGAAAAUUUUAAUAUAUAAGUCGCAGGAAACACCCAAACCAUGAAAAAAAAGUGCGCUUUAUAAUCCGAAAAAUACGGUAAAAGGUAAAAGGAGGCGUUGACUUGAAAACUGCCGCUUCAUGACAUCACAAGGUGGAGCAGAUCGUUUUGAGUUUGGAGAUGUAGACACACGAUGAAUGAAUGAACUCCAGGUCUGUUUUUUGAGGAGGAAACAACAUUAUAACACGACUUAAAGCUCACAAAAGUCAAUUUCACGUAAUACAGGACCUUUUAAUUUUUUUGCAACACGAAGACUCUUGGUUUGUAAAAAUAUCUAUGCUCAUGUUUCUAGGUCCUCAAAAUCUAAAAUUUUGUUCUUUUUGAGGGGAUUUCUGUUUUUGUUUCUCAGUUUUAUUUAAAAAUGCGGGUUAUUUUUGUAGAGAUUGUGUGAAGAUUGCACUCAAGAGAUAAAACACGUUUGAAGGUGAUCGGUUUAAAAUGUCAAGGUUUGAUCAGACUGUGACUUAACCAAGAUUUGUUUUAAAUAAAUGGAAAUAAAGGAAA